AUGUCCGUCCUGAUAAGCAAGCAGACAUUCCUUCCGUACGGUGACUACGAUGGACCACCACAGAAGAAGAGGAAGACUAAUGAGCCUACAUCGUCAUCAGCAGAGCCAUCAGCACCACCAGCACCUUUUGUGCCCACACCCCGACUCCAGACACCUUAUGAGUUGGGUCGGGAGAUCUUACAGACUCUACACCGCAUUAAGCGCCGCAACGCUCGCCGCUUCCAGUGGAUAGUGGUGAAGUUUGACAGUCACGAUCCUGGGCCACCUCCUCCAGACACCCCAGAGCCUGAGCCUGAGGAGUCAGCAGCUAAAGCUAGCCAGGCAGAUGAUCCCAUUGAGCAGGCAGGGGCAUCAGCCAUAGUAGAGGAGCCUGCAGAUCACAUGAUUGAGGAGCCAGUAGCUGUAGCCGAGCCGAUUGUUGAGACUACAUCAGAGCCAGCUGGGCAUACAUCUGAGGAGCCCAGACCCGAGCCCGCCAGUCGUCAGUCUACCGACAUCAUUGUCUACCAGCGUCAUCACCACCCACCACCGCUAGGCGGUGGGGCUUCCUAG